UAACUAACAUUUUCUGUCUUUCUGAGCUGUACCAUUCCGAUCGGACACAAACAAACACUCACUCACUUACUCACUCAAUUCCUAUUUCUCUCUUCGUUGAACGUUGAAAAUGGAGGGUCUGAUCAAAGGCUUGAUCGACGUGGCACUCGGCCACGGCAACAACAACAACAACAACAACGACGACGAACAACCUGGCCCACAGGACCGGAACGAGCAGUCCAGAUCCACUUGGGCGCAAGUGGUGACCGGGGAGCAAGAUAACGAGGAGGAAGACGACAAUAGGCGUAGCGGUCAUCGCACUCAUCAUGCUUCUUCUAAUCAGAACCGUUGGAAUGGACAGGAAAACGCUGAAUUAGGGAAUGAGGAGUGGAGGGUCUCCGGUUCAAGACCUUCCAGAUCGCCCCAAUACCAAAAGACUGUGCAUGAGGAGUAUGGAAAGUAUGAAGAUGUUGAGCGACAAGGAUAUAACAAAAACCAUUGGAACAAAGAGGAGAAUGAAGUAGAGAAUAAUGACGGGUGGGAGACUGUUGGAAGAAAGCCUCAAAGGCAACCACACAAGAUUCAGAAGGAUCAAUGGCAUGGAUACAAGCGGCCUGCCAGUGAACAAGAAUACUCUGAUGAGGUUGAGAUUGGUGAUAACAUAGAACCCUCGGAAGAGGAGCUUGCUGACCUGUCACAAGCUUGCAACAAGCUUUGGGAACUUGAUUUAAACCGUUUAGUACCUGGUAAGGACUAUGAAAUUGACUGUGGUGAAGGGAAGAAGGUCUACCAAAAGGAAGAUAUGGCACAAGGAAGCCUAUUUAGCCGGCUGAGCGAAGACAUAUUCAGGAGACCUACUUUCUCUCGCUUCUUUUCUCUUCUAGAUAAUUAUAACCCAGAUCAAGGGCACAAAGAAGUUGUCACAUCUGAAGAGAGGCAAGAGCAAGCUGCAUUUAUAGAAGAAAUUAGUAGAACUGCACCAAUCAAGUACCUUCACAAGUAUCUGUCAUCCAAAGGAGUUGUACCUGAGAACUAUCAAGAUUUUAAAAGAAUGAUGACUAGUCUCUGGUUUGAUCUUUAUGGCCGAGGUGGUACCUCUGGUUCCUCUUCUGCUUUUGAACAUGUAUUUGUUGGAGAAAUCAAGCAACGUGGUGAACAAGAGGUUUCUGGCUUCCACAACUGGCUUCAGUUUUACCUAGAAGAAGCUAAAGGGAGAGUGGACUAUCAAGGUUAUAUUUUUCCCCGACGACGUGGGCAGACUCCAGACUACGAAACCCAGUUGAUUACAGUUCAGUUUGAGUGGAAUGGUGUUCUCAAAUCUGUAUCAAGCAUGUUUGUUGGAGUGAGCCCAGAAUUUGAAGUUGCAUUAUACGCCCUGUGUUUCUAUAUGGGUGGAGAGGAUAAUUACAUUCAGUUGGGUCCGUAUCCAGUUAAUAUCAAGUGCUAUCGUCUUGGAGAUAGAAUUGGAUCUGUGUUUCCCAUAGCAGAGUGUUGAAUUUCAGGUAGCAGAAACCGGUUAUUUUCAUGCAUAGCCAUGAGUUACGUGUAAGAGAAUACAUACCCAGAUGAUCUAGAGACGGUGAAUUAAUUAGUAGUGUUUGGGAUUGUAUGAUAAAAGUCUAUGAUGAAAGCACUUAUUUUCAAUGAUUUAGUUAUUUGAUCAAUUGAAACCUUAAGGAACCUAUCCUGAUAUAAAAUGGCUUUGCUAAGAUGCUACUUUGUUAUC